UCAGCUGAUUUCUGUCCAGAAUUAACCGAUCCAGUAGGUGGUUACCAAACAUGUAAAGACUGGGGAGCGGGAGGACAGUUUAAAGUUUGUGAGAUCGGAUGUAAUCAGGGAUUAAGAUUUUCGCAAGAAAUUCCUCAAUUUUAUACUUGUGGAAUCGAAGGUUUUUGGAGACCUACAAAGAAUCCUAUUCUUCCUUUAAUUUAUCCAGCUUGCUCAGCAUCUCAAUCUGCUCAGAGAGUAUUUAAAAUUUCAAUGUUAUUCCCAAGUUCAGUUUUAUGUAAUGAAGCUGGACAAGGUGUAUUAAAACAAAAAGUACGCAAUUCUAUUAAUUUACUAAAUAGAGAUUGGAACUUCUGUUCUUUCUCUGUGGAGGGUACACGAGAAUGUAAAGAACUAAAUAUUGAUGUAAAAUGUGAUCACAGUUCAAAAAGACAAACAAGACAAGUUGCUGACAAUGAAGAUGGUGCUACAUAUAUAAUAAAUGCAACUAUACCAGUUGAGAAAAGUACUCGCCAAGGACGGCAAUCAUCCAGUGACACCUACAACAUAGAUAUCUCCUUCCCAGCUGUAAACGAUCCUGUACUGCACUCUAGUACCAGUGAGAGAACAUCUGUGAAAUUACUUUUGGAAAAAUUAAUACUCGAAGAGGAUCAAUUUGAUGUAAGGGAUAUUUUACCAAACACUAUACCAGAUCCGUCAUCACUAGUGCUGGAAUCAGAUUAUGCAUGUCCAAUGGGACAAGUUGUUAUGGCACCGGACUGUGUUCCAUGUGCUAUUGGAACAUUUUAUAGAAAGGAAACCAAAACGUGUAGUCCAUGUUCUCAAGGAUUUUAUCAAAGUGAAAGUGGACAAAUGCAAUGUAUACAAUGUCCUCUAAUAGCCGGUAAGCCUGGUGUUACAUUUGGAGUUGGUGCUCGAAGUGCAGCUGACUGUAAAGGUAGGAUAUUAAAUGAUUCCCUAAAUUGGUGCCAUGAUACAAAUUGUGCUGAACUGGUAGGACCGCCAUGUGGUGAACUUAACUUUGCUCUUUAA